UUAUUUUAUUAGAUGCACAGGAAAUGAAAAAGAGAUGAGUUUCUUCUUCUUUUUUUAAGGUGUUGUUCAACAUGAUAUCGUGUGCAGGUGGGGGGAUUUUAGGGAAUGCAUAUUUGUUGUUGUCAGAAACGAAAUUGAAACAGUUCAGAAUGAACAAAUAGGAGGAGAGACCGAGAGACAGAUCACUCAGAGGAUCGCGAGGAGAGAGAGACAAGAUGUCCAGCAUGCAGGUUUGCCACUGCGGAUGGUCCAACGUCACCACCUACCAUGGUCUGAGGAUUCACCAGGGGAAGAUGGGAUGCACACAGAGGGGAAUGAGUAUCCCUGAGAGGGAACAAAUCAGAUUACCAAAUUACAUUACAUCUUCCGACAUUGGAUCCAAUAGCUGGAUUACUCCAGUCCGGAAGGAGAUAACCAACACAUCAGACAAGAGCAUGCAGAUGUGCGACUGCGGAUGGUCCAAAGUCACCACCUACCAUGGUCUGAGGAUUCACCAGGGGAUGAUGGGAUGCACACCGAGGGGAAUGGAAAUCCCUGAGAGGGAACAAAUCAGAUUUCCAAAUGACAUUACAUCUUCCGACAUUGGAUCCAAUAGCUGGAUUACUCCAGUCUGGAAGGAGAUAACCAACACAUCAGACAAGAGCAUGCAGAUGUGCGACUGCGGAUGGUCCAACGUCACCACCUACCAUGGUCUGAGGACUCACCAGGGGAUGAUGGGAUGCGCACAGAGGGGAAUGAGUAUCCCUGAGAGGGAACAAAUCAGAUUUCCAAAUUACAUUACAUCUUCCAACAUUGGAUCCAAUAGCUGGAUUACUCUAGUCCAGAAGGAGAUAACCAACACAUCAGACAAGAGCAUGCAGAUGUGCUACUGCGGAUGGUCCAACGUCACCACCUACCAGGGUCUGAGGACUCACCAGGGGAUGAUGGGAUGCACACCGAGGGGAAUGGAAACCCCUGAGAGUGAACAAUUUAGAUUUACAGGUUACAAGUAUACAAAUGCUGACAGUGGACCUUCAAUCAAAAUAGACAACACUUUGACUCCCCCCUACCACAGCAAAACUCAUCAAAACACCAACAACGUUCGUAGAGCGCUCGAUUUCUCCACCGGUGCACAGCAGCUACAACAGGUGGAGCAGUACUGGGAACUUCCAACAACUUCCAACAACCACAGCUCAAGGCCCACUGCCUUCCAAUUAAAGGAGAUGGAGAAGGAGAUGGAGGCUCAAAAAUCACAAGAGAUGAGGCAAGACAUGAUAAGGGCUGAUUUACAGCAGAAAAUGCAGACAAGAGAACAGAAGAUUUCUGAAGUCACAUCAUCUGUAAAAGCCUGCAUGGGCGGCUUGGAUGCCGAAUGUCUGGAGAUCAACAGCGUUUUCUCAGAGGUGAUGAAAGUGGUGGAGGACUCUUGGCAGGAGGCCCUUCAACCUCUGGAGGAGAGGAGACAGAGAGUGAGUAGAGAAGGAAAAGAUCAGGUCAAGAAGCUGCAGAAGGAAAUUGACAAAAUCUUUCAGACCAUUGAUGAGUGGGAAGAAAAUGGCGACUGGCAGGGUCUUCCUAAAACAGGCCUGGAUGAUUCUCGAGAUUGGAAACAUUUAACUGUUGACACUUCAUUCUCCUUUGGGUCACUGAGAGCUACAACAUCGAGCAUGAUGGAAAAAAUUCACCAGGAACUUGAAAAACUCUCUUCUGUUGAACCCAAGAUGAGUCGCACGCCCACACUACGCCAUUACAACAAACAACACGUGAAUCUGACCAAUCUCCUUCCAAUCCCCCGGUCCACACAACCCCCCCCAAUGCAACGUCACCUCAGAGCAGCCCUGCUCAACACACGCUCCAUCAACAAUAAAAGCAACAUUCUAAAUAAAUUCAUUAAAGACAAUAACCUGGACUUUCUGUAUCUGACCGAAACGUGGCAAAAACCCCAGGAUUUUUUUCUUUUAAAUGAAAUCACCCCAGCAGGAUUCACAUACAUUGACAAACCUCGCCCACUAAGGGGUGGUGGUAUAGCUGCUAUUAUCAGAAAGGAAAUAAAAACUAUCAGAAUCCCCAUCCCUGAUGUUUCUUCAUUUGAACACCUGAUCUUUAAACUCUCUGGUCCCACUCCCCUGGUCACAGCCAUCAUCUACCGUACCCCGAAGUCAAACCCCUCCUUUCUCUCCGACCUCUCUGUCAUUCUCACUCAGCUUUCUGCCAUAUCCCCAUCUGUUCUCCUCUUAGGUGAUUUUAACAUUCAUGUUGACGACCCGACCUGCAAAUAUGCCUCUGAAUUUAAGAAAACCCUUCACCUCUUCCACUUCUCUCAACACAUCAACUUCCCAACGCACUGCGGUGGUCACACCCUGGACUUGGUCUGCUCCACUGGUCUCACCAUCCAUCAUCUGUCCAGCCUCAAUCUCCACAUCUCUGAUCACCUGGCCAUCAUCAUGGACAUCAACAUCCCCAUCCCAGAGCAUGCACUGUUCUGAGUGAAACAGUCUCUCCUUUAUAGGAGGACAUCAAAGCUUAGUUACAUUACAAACAACAUUUGGUUAGGCCAGCUGAGACCCCCUGGCACUGUAUGCAAAACUCACACCAUUUUACGGCCAUCAAGCACUGGAAUACUCUUCCAGUUGAACUUAAAACCUGUACUGAUUUUAACUCGUUUUCCUAUGGUGCAAAAAAAAUGAUAUUAAGCCAUGCCAACAUUAAUUACACUGUAAUCUGAGUUUUUUUUAUUUUAACUGUAUUGUCAUCAGUGUUGGGUGUAACGCGUUACUUUGUAACGUUACGUCAAUUUGCCGCAACGUUACUUUUCCCAGGGAGAGUGACAGUGACACUGCCUACUCAGCUGCGUGCUUACGCAUUAGGCACGAGCUCUCAUUCCACAAUGUACAUGAUAGAGGCUGGCCGCUGGUGGUGGCAUGAAGACUGAAGAGCAGUGAUGGCAAGCGAGAAGCAGGCGCAGCCAACGCUAACAUUCGAGGGAUGGAGGUAUUCCCAUUACUUAAAACUUGUUGAAACUAAGGGGAAAAUGUGAGUGUACGUUGUGCCCUGGCCAGAAACUUUUGUCCACUGCCGUUAACUUAACUGCCAACCUCACCAAGCAUUUGAAAGGAAAACAUGCUGUCACAUGGCAAUGUAUUUUAAUUAUUCAUUAUUGCAUGGUUUUAGUGUGUGUUUUAUACCUUUUUUAUUGUGUGAUUUUACUCUGAAAUGUGUUUGCCUUUUUAAAAUGAGACCAAAAAAUGAUGAUGUGGAACCAGAUG